AUGCUGUUUAAUGGGAGGAAUUUCAUCAGCAUUGCAAAACUGGCAGGGGCCAGCAAGCAGCUGCUGCGGCAGUUUUGGUAUGGGACUCCAGCUCAAAUGAAUGUUCAUCUGAAAGGUCGGGACCUCCUCACUCUACAGAACUACACAGCUGAUGAACUGAAGUAUUUGCUGUGGAUGGCAUCAGAUUUGAAACAAAGGAUAAAGCACAAAGGAGAGUAUUUGCCUUUGAUGCAAGGCAAAUCUUUGGCCAUGAUUUUUGAGAAGAGAAGCACAAGAACAAGAUUAUCUGCAGAAACAGGAUUUGCUCUCCUUGGAGGACAUCCUUCCUUCCUUACAACACAAGAUAUACAUCUGGGCACUAAUGAGAGUCUCACAGAUACAGCAAGGGUGCUGUCCAGCAUGACAAAUGCAAUCUUGGCUCGAGUUUAUAACCAUAAUGAUCUGGACCUAAUGGCAAAAGAAGCCACAAUCCCAAUAAUCAAUGGAUUGUCUGAUUUAUACCAUCCUCUUCAGAUUUUAGCUGAUUACCUAACUCUUCAGGAGCACUAUGGAGGGCUGAAGGGGCUCACCAUGGCCUGGAUCGGGGACGGCAACAACGUCCUGCACUCCUUCAUGGCGAGCGCUGCCAAGCUGGGGAUGCACCUGCGGAUUGCCACUCCCAGGGGCUUUGAACCAGACCUCAGGGUAACUAAAAUAACUGAACAGAACUCCAAAGAGUAUGGUACCAAGUUCCUUCUCACAACAGACCCUUUGGAAGCUGCAGACAGUGCCAAUGUCUUAGUCACAGACACAUGGAUAAGCAUGGGACAAGAAGAGGAGAAGAAAGAAAGACUGAAGGCCUUUCAAGGUUAUCAGAUUACAAUGCAGACUGCAAAAUCUGCUGCUUCCAACUGGACUUUUUUGCAUUGUUUACCCAGAAAACCUGAAGAAGUUGAUGAUGAAGUGUUUUAUUCUCCACAGUCAUUGGUUUUCCAGGAGGCUGAAAACAGAAAAUGGACAAUUAUGGCUGUCAUGGUUUCCCUGCUGACUGAUUACUCACCACAGCUACAAAAACCCACAUUUUAAUGCUUGGAUUCCUGCCAGAAGAAAAAUAUUCCUCAUCAGCAGAAUAUUCUGGUC